AUGGCUCGAAUACACAUCAUCGCAGCACAGCUGCUUUACCGUCUGCCUCUACGGCUUCAUCUCGUCUUCUUCACUCCUGGGAGGACCUACGACCAAUUGGGUCGCCGAGGAGCGGGCGGACGACGCUUCAUCACCCUCGGGUUGAAGGAAAGUCCAGAAACACUCCAUUCACAUUCAAGCUCACUGCCACACGCAACUUUGCCCAAUCCCUCGAGUGCAGCUACUCAACAAACCCCUCAUCGAGCCCUACCUACCGGAAAGCCCGAGCUCGAACGGAACUGCAAGUAUCCCUUAGUCCAGGCAAUAAUGUCAAGCUUGUUGAGCUUACUUCCAUUUCGAGUGAAAGUGUUGGAUGAAGAGAUUCGAAAGUCGUUUCUACCAGAAGCUUGA